CACCGUUUUCCUUUUGCAUAGUCGUGUAACAUCCAUAAAAUGUUCCCUUCACGCCCGAUUUCACACUAUUCAGUCGAAAUAGCUCGAACCACUCAGAAGUCCUUAUAGAGCCAUCGCCGGUGUCGAAGGGUGUGAAUUGUACCUAAGUAGGAACUCCUUCCACUUCUGAAAUUGUUUAGCCGUAUUGCUUCCAAUUUUGCGGUUUUCACGAAACGGGCGAGCCGUAGAUAGACAAUCAUGUGCAGUUUCGCGUGCUAGACAGAUCGUGUUGGUGAUUAUUUGUUCGCAGCAAAACUUAUUCGUUCCAGUUACAAAAAUGAAGCUUACAUAUCUAGUGUGACUGAAUAAGAGUUGAUUGAUUAAGUAAUACAUCAGUUUCACCAGUCUGUUAUCAUCGAUCAUAGUGCCGUGGUUGUUUGCACACCUUCACUGGUUGUUUAUUUUAUAAAUUGAGUUUGGUUUGUGUUAAACAUAGAUUAUAUAAUAAGUGUAUGGUAAAAUGUACCACAUGAGUGAAAUAAGUAUCCCUGCAUUGGUGUCCAAAAUUGUUAAUCACGUUUAGAGAAGUAUUGUUGGUUUGGUGCACCAAAAGGCUGGAGGGCGGAGUUAAAAAAAAACUUUGUGUAACAGUAAGCAGAGCAAUCCGGAACGUGCAACCGUAGACCUAUAACAAUGUCGAAAUUAAAACUCGUCGGUGGAAGGCCAAUCACCAUGGAUGAGGCCGUUGAGAUACGUCAAACAGUAUUCGGUUCCGCGGCAAGUCCGCCCAGAGGAGAAUGGACACGCACCGGAAUCAAUUUUGGACCCGCCAAUGGAGAGUAUCCGUAUGGGCUGAGAACCCCGCGAAAUGCCACCCGUGGAAUGCAAUCGGUGCUGCAGGCUUUCAUCAUAAAACAUUUUAUAUUCGAUAACAAGCCUAGAGAUAAGUCUGUUCCACUAGAGGAUCUGCUGAAGCCGACGGAGGCAGAACAGGCACAGGCUCUGUAUCUAGCAAUUUCGGACAUUCUAUGGAACAUUGGUGAGAAGACCAAGUCACUGAUUGUUCUUCCCGGGGAGACCUCGCACAUACCACACAGUCACGUGUACUUCCAGGACAACGUGACUGAGAAGCUGUUCUUCUUUGAAUUCACCCGACUUGACGAGAUGCAGAUUUUUAUGAAACGCUAUUUGCCAUAUUUCACGGAAAACCCGGGUCCAGGAGCUCUGCUGCUGUUGUAUAGCGCCGUUAUGACGCGAGGUUUGGAGAAUCUACGUACCGAUUUAGAUGCACCGAAAGGGGCGCAGCUGAUGGGUCCGUACGAGGAAGGUUCAUUGAAUAUAGUAACUUUACUGUUAACUGGUCGUGCUACACCCUAUCUGCAUAACGGUGUGGUCUAUGUCGGAGAUGAGGACCACUAUGCGCUGCCCCAGUUUGGAAUUCUCGGUCGCGGCUCCAUCGGCCUUCUGAUAUGGGAAGGUGAAAAUGAAGCAAUGCGGUCGGCUUCCCGGCAGCCUGGGUCACGCCUCAAAACGCCAGCUACGCCCGUUUGGGUCAGCUGCUGUUGUGGUCACUAUGGGGUGUUGUUCAACUCGAACCGGGAGCUACUGCGAAACUACCACGCUGAAAAGCGAUUCGAACUCCAUUAUUACACUUGUGCCGGAUGUUACCUGUCGAUGACCGUCGAUAACCGCCAACAAGAUGAGGGCGUAGACGACGGCGAGCAGGACGGCGAACGGAAGCGAGACGACAUGAUAUCGACACCACUGGAACGAUUGAUUCACACCAAAUGGAUGGAAGCGAAUCUCACCUACCACGGGCCACUACCUGCAUCGUUGAACUUUUAAACAUUCCAACCAUACAUUUGAUUGUCGUUAGUUCAACCUAACAUUUUGACACAUUUUCAUAAUUCCGUACGAGAAGUAAUGUUAUUAGAAUGGGUGCUGAAUGAACAUAUCGAAAGAAUAUUUUUUAGCGCCCUGCUACAAUGUGAAAUUGGAACUUAAACAAUGUAUCUCUCGUGUUGCUUCACAAUAUAAAAUAUGAAAUGUUCAAAUACACGUUGCAAAUGUUUUCAAUUGAAUUCAUAUAGUACCGUAGUGUUAUCGUUCAUUUCAAUAUUUAGGCUUUACGAGCAAUCAUGAUUCUAAUUGACACCUACCGUAUCCCGUCCCCGAUCCCCUACGAACAUUUAACGCCAACUAUUAGCAUACAGACGAGAAGUUAUCAGGACGUCUUAACACCCAGUUUUUUCGACAACGUUCUAUAUGUUCAUUCUACGGAAGACCAGAAGUGUCACAAAAAUCACCGAUCGACCAACAGCACCUGCCGAUCACCGUAUCGAAUGCGGCUACCGCAUUAUCUAUUGAAUGACUGAUUAAAGAGAUAGUGUUUCGCGGGCAUGAACAUAUUCGAGGAUUUUUUUCAAACGCUGAAUGCUCUGAAUGAGAAAUAGAGAAUUAGUGUGAGUCAGGAACUAGUGCUCUACGGAAAACUCUGUAUCCAGAAGACUCUUGAGACUGGACGAAUGUGGUGAUCAUAAUAAGUGGCCUGAUAGCUGGUGGAUAGCCCCGAGGAAAUGAAGUUAGCAUGAUAUCCAGUGGAAAGAGAGCAAAUAUGGAACAUGCGAACGAGGCGGUUGGAUCAGGUGGAGCUGGACCUAGCGAGGAUUGGGGAAAGCGCGAGGAUAGAUAGACCUAGCCCCAUAUGAAAUAUAUUAAAACUGUAGAUGAAUGAAUUUAAUGCUUUGGAAACACAAAGCAAAAAUGAUGACAAGUAUAUGAAAUAUAGAAAAAUAUUCUUCGAAAUUUUCCAGUCUUGGCAUAUCUAUACCAUCGUUUUAUAGUUACAUACUUCAAGAGAUUUGAG